AUGACGGCCAAGGAACAGGUUUGGACCAUUGCUCUGCUCCUGAGAGCUUAUUGGGCCCAUGUGUUAGUUGCUCUAGUCGUUGUUCGCCUGCUCUGCAACAAAUUCAGGCCUGGCCUGAGAGGCAUUCCCGGCCCAACCAUUGCCGCAUACACGGGGCUCUGGCGUUUCUUCGAUGUCGCCAAGGGGCAGGCACACUGGACACACAUCAGGCUACACCGGAAGUACGGGCCGCUUGUGAGGAUUGGGCCAAACCAUGUUUCAGUGGGGGACCCCAGCGAGAUUGCGAACAUCUACGGCUUGAACAAGGGCUAUACGAAGUCUGCAUUCUAUCCAAUCCAGAGCAUUAGCUGGCACAAGAAACCGCAGAUGAACAUCUUCUCAACGAGAGACGAGAAGUACCAUCAUGAGCAGAAGCGUCCCAUCGCCGCUGCCUACAGUUUGACCUCGCUGCUGGCCAAGGAAGAUGCCAUCGACUCAUGCUCUAAAUUGUUCAUGGAGAAGCUCAGGUCCUUUGUUGAUGAGAAUAAGCCCGUCGACCUUGGGCAGUGGUUGCAGUACUACGCGUUCGAUGUCAUCGGCGAGCUCAGCUUCGCAAAGAAACUAGGCUUCCUGCAGGUAGGCGCAGACGUCGACAAAAUGAUGGCAACUAUCGCCGAUAUUCUCGUUUACGCCUCGCUCUGCGGCCAACUCCCCGAAUGGCACCCCUUCCUCCUCGGCAACCCGCUCUUCCCCUUCCUCAUCCCCUCGAUGGAGUCGUGGAACUCGGUCCUGACGUUCACGCUCAAAGCCGUCAACUCGGUUCUCUCGACGUCGGUUGCCUCCGAGUCGACCGAGUCUCUCAAGCGCGACGGCGACCUGUCGGAAGAAGCGCUGUCUGCGCUCGACGCGCGGGGAGACAUGCUGUCGCGGUGGUCGGCGCUGCGGCUAGCGGCGCCGCCGCGCAUGACGACACGCGACAUCGUGGUGCACCUGUCGACCAACGUCUUCGCGGGCAGCGACACGACGGCCAUCGCCCUGCGCGCAAUCAUCUACUUCCUGCUCAAGAACCCGCAGACGAUGCGCACCCUCGUCGCCGAGAUCGACGCCGCCGACGAGGCCGGCCUGCUGAGCGAGCUCGUGAGCUACCGCGAGGCCACGACGCACCUGCCCUACCUCGAUGCCGUCGUCAAGGAGGCCAUGCGCCUCCACCCCAGCGUCGGCCUCCUGAUGGAGCGCGUCGUCCCGCCCGCCGGCGCCGAGAUCUGCGGCCGCUGGAUCCCCGGCGGCACCAUUGUCGGCAUCAACGCGUGGGUAACGCAGCACGACGAGCGCGUCUUCGAGGAUGCCGAGCGGUUUUGGCCCGAGCGGUGGUUGAAGGCGAGCGAGGCCGAGAGGAGGCGCAUGGACGCGAGCUUCCUGGCCUUCGGCGGAGGCAGCAGAACAUGCCUGGGAAAGCACAUUUCGAUGAUGGAAAUGAUGAAGGUGAUACCCCAGCUUCUCCGUGAAUUCGAAGUGCAGUUGGAGGGCGGCGAAGGGCGGGAAUGGAAGGUCAAAAACAGGUGGUUUGUGCAGCAGGAAGGCUUGAUUUGUGCAUUGACGAAAAGGGAGAGGAAGGGAGAGAAGGCUUAG